ACUGUCAACAGUUGCAGGCGUACCCCUAUCCAGGAGAGGAAGCUGGUCUUUACCAGACAGAGUCCCAGUGGAACCACAGGUUUGCUUACGCAAGACCUCCGAAAUGGAGAAGGAACCAAGAUGAAGCCUACCUGCAGUUGCAGUCCGGGGGUAAGCAGAGGAGCUCGCUCAGGCCAAGGAGGGUCGGCUCAGGGGAGACGGAUACACCCAGCCCAGCUCAGCGCAAGAGGAGACAGCAGAGAAGUUGAUGUCUCUAGGAGGAGAACACAAGGCCAGAACUCGGGCAGAGCGUUGCUGGGAGGAGAAGGAGGCAUUGUAGAGGAAAACUCAAGGCUCUCCACAAACUCCCACUCUAAGGUGGAAAUGGGGAGCGACCUGGUGGGGGAUGAUCUAGCCCUACUAGGCUCUGGAUUUCUUCAAGCAGAGGGAUCUCAGUCCUCUACAGGUAGCUUGGCAGAGGCCCUUAGGAGGAGGGGAGCAGAGUAUGACACUACCAGUAAGAGGGGUUACAAGAGAACUCUGCCAAUAGACCGCAGGUUGGUCCCACUGGUGUGUACGGUGAUAAGAGGUGCAACUGUGUUCCUGGGGAAAUCUCAGCUGGAUGGCAGUGCGCAUUUACCAUCUGUACCGACUGAGAGAACCCCUCUUCCUGGAGAGAUUAUUACGAGGGCUAAAUAUCUAUAUGGAGAUGCCUUCCCAAUGCAUAUUGUGCCGAGAUCUGUGAUGGCUAAGUUGGCUAAUUGUCAAGUUCCAUUGGACAAUAGGACGACAAAAUUCUAUUUUCCCUUAAUCGAUGCUCGCAUUGAUGAAGUGACAGCAGAUGCCUUGUUUCAAGCAGGAGUUAGGUGGUUCACGUUAGAUGGAGUAAGGGUUCGGAACAGCCAUGAGUUGGAGACGAUAGCCUUAUCCCAGGAUGUCUCGGCGCUCCUCCUGUUACAGCUAAAUACUUCUUUACCGGUGGAGAAGAACCUACAGUCAAAGUUUUUGGGUAAUGCCCUGGUGGCAGGGUGGGGAUCCUCUGCCCUGUCCUCACACUCCCAAGGUUCAGGAGGGUUAAGUUCAAUGCAACAGUCCCCGGCGCGAGAACAGCGCAGAUGGGGUGAUAACCAGCAAGAUUCUCGCAUCCAACUGUCAGCGGAGGAAGCACGUUCUCAUGGUUAAGCUAGUCUUGGCAACUUGGAAUGUGCGAGGCAGC